UCACGAUCAGUCGCGAAAGAGAUAACCGACAGUAAAGUGCGUCGUGUUCAUCGAAUUUGUGAGUCUUUUUUAUUAAAACAAGUGCACACACGCUCACAUUGAGUUUUUUUGCAUUGGGUCUAGGUCUCGAGACGUCGGUCGUUUGCAUCCCGCAGCGUUCGCAGCGACGGCGAUCGACCCGCGAUCGAGAUCGCGCUUCGCGCGAGGAGCGGCAAAAGAAACAAGUGGGAGAGAGACGUGGGAACAAUCGGAGGAAGCCAAGCGAGAAAGAGAGAUCGUAAAAAUGACCCCCACUCGCGGCAAUGAGGAGAUAGAGGGGCGCUCUUAUAUAGACUAUGCCUACAGUCCUGUACCAGUGAGUUCCCCUUCGGCAGUGUAUGGUACACCCGGUACACCCCCGGUCAGAGAAUCCGUGGAGUUGAGCAUACGCGACAGGAUCGUCGCCCAUCCCGAAGAGAUGACGGAGAAGGGUUCCAAGCUACCUCAGUUCCUGGCUGCAGGGGCGGGUAGUCUGUCUGUCCUCGCGACUGGUGCCGCUAUAGGGUGGACGAGUCCAAUACUCCCUAAAUUGGAAGACGAUGGCGGACCUUUGGGGUCGCGAAUCAGUGCCGAGCAGAGUUCCUGGAUAGGAUCUCUGGUGGCCCUCGGUGCUAUCUUCGGCAGCUUCGUAGCGGGAUCCAUUGGAGAAAAAUGGGGCCGUAAACGAGCACUGCUAUCUUCUCUGGUACCGUUUAUAAUUGGGUGGAUACUUAUCGCCAGUGCAGUCCACGUUUCUAUGCUUUAUAUUGCUCGAUUCAUAUUUGGAUUGGCUGUGUCUAUCACGUUCACAAACCUUCCUAUGUAUUGUGGUGAAAUCGCUGAGACUUCUAUCAGGGGAUCGUUGGGUUCUUUUCUUCAGCUCUUUAUCACGAUCGGUUUCCUAUAUGCCUACGCUAUUGGACCGUUCGUGAGCUACGUGGUUUUCUGGAUUCUCUGUGCCCUCCUGCCGGUGAUCUUCUUCGUCUGUUUCAUGAUGAUGCCAGAGUCUCCGUAUUUUCUUCUCAAUCAAGGCCGCAGAGAUGAGGCGAUCGCAUCACUAGCGAAGCUCCGCAGCAAAUCCGAAGCGGCUGUCCAGAAGGAGGCCGACGAGAUACAGGUGAUACUUGACGAGGCUUUCAAGAAUCAAGCCAGCAUCUCGGACCUAUUCAAAGUGAAGGUGAACUUCAAGGCGUUGAUCUACACAUGUCUCAUGGUUUCCUUCCAGCAAUUUAGCGGUAUCAACGUCGUACUGUUCUAUAUGCAAAAGAUCUUUAUCGCUGCCGGAGGUCUUGUCCCAUCGGAGAUAGCGGCAAUUAUCAUCGGAGUCGUACAGGUGCUUGCGUCAAUGGUCACCCCCUUGGUUGUCGACAAAUUAGGUAGAAGGAUGCUCCUCGUUUUCUCCGGGAUAGGAGAGACAGUCAGUUUGUUUGCCCUGGGCUUGUAUUUUUACCUGAAGGAAGUACAGCACGCGAACGACGUGGUUGAGCAGAUAUCCUGGUUGCCGAUAGUCGCGCUCAUCAUCUUCAUUAUCACGUACUGCGUAGGCUGGGGCCCGCUUCCAUGGGCAGUGAUGGGUGAAAUGUUUGCCUCGAAUGUCAAGGCUAAAGCUUCCAGUAUAACGGUUUUCGUCUGCUGGUUCUUGGCUUUCAUCAUCACCAAGUUCUCCAGCAACCUCGAGGAUGCAUUCCAUGGCAAGUACGGGGGCUUCUGGAUCUUCGGAGGAUUCUGCAUUCUUAGUGUACUUUUCACGGUACUGCUGUUGCCUGAAACGAAAGGCAAGACUCUUCAGCAAAUCCAGGACGAACUCAAUGGAGUGACUUCGACUAUAACCGUCGAAAAUGGGACGAAGAAAUGAGGAGGGAAUAUUCGCCUUCGAUUAUCCUGAUGAAUGGUGUACGCGGAACACCUGACGAAUUCGCGAGACACUUUAAAGAUAUUUGAUAUUUAUAAAAGAUACGUGGAGUACAGUUUUAUAUAUUUAUGACAUAUCUAGAGAUUUGACAUCAUUUACAGCGGAGAAGAAUCAAGUAGAAUAUCAGAAUGCGAACAAUAUACGUGCCUAUAUUACACUGCCUUUAUAUAUAUUGUUGAUAUAAUAUGGGCAAAAAUAUAUCAUUGAGUUUGGAUUACCAUUCAGUCUCCUGUUAUUAAUAUUGCUUAAAUUACAAAGAAGAAUGGAAAACGCAUCAAUGAACGAAUGAUGGUUCGAUAAUUUAAAUAAAAUGAAUAAUAAGUAGAAAUUUAGAAAGAGUAAAACGGGGAUAGAUUCUAUUUUUGCUCAUAUAUUAUGUUUACGCAGAGACAGUUUUGUUGUAUUCUACGUGGAACCAAAAAUACUUCAUCGUCUUCCAAACACCUAUGCAUAAUAUGGCACACAGCAAUUGUAUGUGUAUAUAAUGCAGGUCAUAUCAUACAUAUUCGUAAAUACGCUCGCGUUAAUGAUACCUUGUCACGUAUCAUUGUCCAUAAGCUUCGUCUUCCGAGCGUAAAGGAAUUUGUGAUGUGCUAGUAAACGUUCCUACGUUUUUAUGCAAGUUCCUGAUUCUGGUCCGUGAUUAAGAAAACGCGGUGGAGUCAACAAUACGACUCCUUUACGCGUAUUUUAUCGAGAUUUUGCUGGACGUGGCGUAAAACAUGAAAAACGAAAAAGAUUAAUUUUGCGGCGUAUUUCUCGUUCACGGAUGAGAGACUAGUCAUUUUAUAAUACGUCUGCAUAGAAAGAAAACGUAAUUAUAUUAACAACGACGUCGAAGAUAUCGAAAUCUAAAAGAAAAUUUCAUGUCGAGUAGCGUAGAAAUUUGAUAUCAUUAAAACUGCUAAUAAAUUGGUGAAUAUAUACGGCGCAAAAAAAUGGAGAGAAACAUGAAAUAACUUUUUUUUAUAAAAUAUUGACAACAACAAGGCGGUUAUCGUUAUAUCUAAUCAUCUAGAAAACACAAUUUUACAUAAUUUACAUACAACAUAAAUUAUUAUAAUUACGCGAACAAAAUAAUUUUAAGACAUAAUAAAACAUUGUAUUAUUAGUUGAUUCACAAUAAUUAUCUAAGUUAUUAUGAGUAACAUUGUAAUAUUAUUUUAAUAAGUAGUAUUAUUUAUAAACGCGCGAUGCAUUUUUUAGUCCUAACAACUUAAGAAGAGAUACGACAAAUUUUUAAUGUAAUAUCGUCUCACAAUCAGUAUACUGAAGCAUUUUAAUAUUAAAAAAAUUAUUCUAUUUAUUCUGAUAUAUUGCUUUCAAAAUCUAAUUUGCCAGAUAAAAUUAUAAUAAUGGAAAUUAUAAUUAUAUUAAAAAGAUUGAUAAAUUCUAUUGACAAAUAAGCGCUGGCUGCAUAUAUUAAUCAACAAAAAAGAUUUUUAUAAACAAUUUUUAAUGUAGAUAAUAUUGACGUUUUGAAAUAACUUUUAUAAAGUAUAUAUAAAGAAAACACUCUACUAUAUUAAUAAAUAAUGAAUGACACUGUCUAUAAGGUUCCUUUUGCCUUUCGCAAGACGUUCGGAUUUGUACAAAUGGCAAAUUAAUU